UAACCAUUUGCCACAUUACGAGAACGUAGGGAAUCGGCGUCGCGUGGCUUCGCCAGAUUAGCGUACAAAACAAUAUCCUAUUACAAGCAGAAGCUCCAGUUUCCGUACUAAAGAGUCCGUGGUGGACCCCGGGAAUCCAUGGCCACGGACACGGUGUCCAACGGCGAAAACUUCGCCCAGCAUUUAACUGGCAACGGCGACGACGAUGUGAUCUGUCCCACAUGCGACGUGAAGAUCAAGCGCAGUCAGGUGGCCGAUCACUGCCAAGUAGAGAUGGAGCGAUUGCACAACCCGAUCAGCGUUACCAAUCCGUCGGCCCAAUCCGACGGCUCAGCUGCAGCAUCAGCAACUCAGGGAUCCGGGUCGGGUAUGGGAACGGGAGGCAGACAGCCGUGGAGCGUAUUUCAGCGAGUGCAGCGCAACCGGCAGGCCCGCCAGCGCCAGCGCACCAGGAAGCGUCCAGCAUCUCCUGGUCCACCAGCGCCUAAUCCUGCACCAGCUGCUUCGGCUCCAACUGCAGCUCCUCCGCCUCCUCCCCCCGCACCUCCAGAGUCCAGUCAACCCACCUGUCCCGUGUGCAACCACAACUUCCCGCAGUCCAACAUCCAGGAGCAUGUCAACCACUGCCUGCGCCAGAGCCGCCGGAAUGGCCAGGCCAACGGGGAGCGGCAUUCCAGCGAGGACUCGGAGGACAGCGAGGAAUACGAGGAGUACGAGUGGGCAGGACAAAAGCGCAUUCGCGUGUCCACGCUCGUCCAGGGAGGCUACUCCGCCCUGGGGCUGGGCCAGACGAUCAAGUACAAUGGCAGCCAGCAGGCGCAGGAGGAUGAGGACGAGGAUCUCAAUGUGGACGAGGACGAUACGCACAUUUACGGGCCAAACCAGUACGGCGAGGGCGAUGUGAUUCCGCUGGUUAACGAGGACCCGGAAGGCAAUGUGUCCGAGGCAGAUGUGACCAGCUAUGUGCGCCGCCUAAUCUCCUCCAGCGAUGGGCCGCCCAAGGCCAAUCAUUCCAGCGAAGCAGCCACCGAGCAAGAGACUGCCACAAUCAGCAACGUUGAGGCGACGUUAUCCGCCAGAGAGGAGCCAUCCACGUCGCGGUCCACGCGUUCCGCUUCCCAGAACCAGCAGCAGGUCAUCGAAUCGCUGAAGGCCAAGCUGCGACUCUACGAGAAGCAGGCGCAGGGGAAGUACAAGUGCCUGAUCUGCAUCGACGACUACAAGAAUCCCGCCAUCUCCGUGUCCUGCUGGCACGUCCACUGCGAGCAGUGCUGGCUGCAGACUCUGGGGGCGCGCAAGCUGUGCCCGCAGUGCAAUUCGAUCACCACGCCGAAGGACCUCCGUCGCAUCUACCUGUAGAUGUGGAUAUGCACUAUCGACUUGUUAUCCUAUGCCCGCUGCCAAAACGCUUGCUUUGCUCUUGACGCAGCCGUAAUUGAUAACCCUAUACAUAUUAUUUAUAUAGAUAACAGAUACCGACUAUGAUACGUGACAUUACAAUAAGCUUAAUAUGUAACUAUUACAAUAAACCACAGAACAAAACAUCAUA